UGUGAGGCGAAGAAGUGAUACGACGAAUACAGCAAUAUAAGAAAUUGUACCAGAUAAUAUAAGAAAGAAGAAUUGUUUAUACAGUUAUACCGAGGUGGAAAAAUAAAUUUGAAGAUAUCAUGCAGAAAAGCUAAGGAUAGUGGCGCCAGUUCAAUAUUUCUAUAAAGGAUUGGACAUGAUUUCAGACAACAGUGAAGGUGCUAAGUAACAGACAUGGGAUGACGAUGAGAAUUAAUAUACAAAAUGUUGGUCACCGAGAGGUUGUGUCACUGCACCUGCCUCUUAUCAUCGGAGAGAUUGAGUCAACAACACCACCCUGUCAGACUCAUCUGGAGGUUUGGAAUGCUUCAUGGCCGCAGUACUCAAAAAUACACUGGCCAGUUAUUGACAGAACAUUUAAAGCUCUUGUAAGACUGGGAAUUGGAGAAAAUGUAAUACAUUUAAAAUUUGAAAAUGAGUUAUCAACAAUACAUCUCAUCCGCGAGAUGCCAAGUUUUGUCCAUUUUGUCCGUCCAGUGUACAUUGUAUGUUCAGACAACGACGGCUAUUUUCAGGCCCCGGCAGAUGAGGACUGUUCUCCUAACAGUGCUCAGGAAAGAAUAAAACUGGCAGCCAUGUUGAUUCAGACAUUCACUGCGGAGAAGAUGAGAGAACAUGGGUUUGGGAGACAGAAUUUUCAGCUUGAACUAGAUGAGUGCGGAGAACCUCUCUGCCACAUUUUUCAAAGUAAACUAACAUUGGAUGAAGCCCACAGUAAGACAGGAAAUGAAUUAUGGACCUUCUUUGCAAAAGAACUAAUGAACUCUGACUUCGGCAAGAAAGAAACCUGCAAGUGGUUUUGUUUUAUGUCUUUCACGAGGUAUUUUCCACCUGAAGGCAAAAUGCCAAAAACUCAUGGCGAGGUUUUGAGCCAUACACGCGGCCAUACAGCAUUAGGAGGUGGUGGUCUAGCCCUUUUUGGAACAGGUAAUCUGCACACCUGGGCUCCCUCGUUAGAACAGGUAUAUGCCUACUUCACAAACAACAAGAAGAUUGAUCGCAGGGAACUCAUGGAUGACAGUGCUUACAGAGAAUAUUAUUGGGCCAACUAUGCAACAGGUCUUGGUGCUUCUCUUCACGAACUUGGUCACACUUUUGACCUGGCACAUACACCAACGGGUAUAAUGGCAAGAGGAUUUGAUGACAUCUAUAAAGUUUUCACAAUACGUAAGUCACGGACCCGGGAUCGCAGCAAGACCCGGCACCACUACCGCAGUGGAAGUCGUGACAGCAACAUCUCACGGACAUCGUCCACAAGCAGUGUAGAGAGCGUGACAGGAAGUAGUAAUCAAUCCGCAGAAGAAAGUUCGGACCAAGGUCAAGGGUCGGGCCAGCUGUCAGGCAAAGAAAAGUCUAAAACUCAGGGUCAAUUGCACCAACAAAGCCAAAUACAUCAACGACCAACGCAACUGAAUAAAAAUAAGGAUGUAUGUUUUGGAAGUCCUCUAAGGAAGACAAACCAUACCAACAACUAUAUAGCACCUCCACCUGUUGUCGUCAGAAUGGAGAAGGGGUUUACACCGGUCAAGUCCCCAUCAACACUCACCUUUAGUGUCAAAAACUAUGAUGGGACACAGCAACACAAGGUCGUUGCCCAUGACGACGGAAUAGAAACAGUGACAGACAUGCUACUAGGAACAGACGGCCGUCUGCUGGCUAAGUCUACAACCAGAGAGCGUACAUCAUCGUGUUCCUCCGUCAGUUCUACCUCUUCUCUCCAUUCUCCGUUUGCGACAACUCCUUCCAACCUCCCAAACUCACCUGAAGAGCCUCUAGUCUUCCCAGAAGUUACAUUCAAAGAUGGCGGUGCCCACUGGUACCGAUCCUCUGCUGUGCUUCUCUUUUUCCACAAAUGGUUCAACAAGGCCAACCUGAAAGAUCCUAAAAGGCAGCCAAUAAUAUCAGGGUCAAAGGUCAUGGCCGUAGGAGGAAUCCGCCUUGUGGAGUUGCGUAGUGACCCUGAGGGCAUUGUAUUUUUCCAUUGGGAAUUCCUUCGGGAAACUCCACCCACAAACUUUGUCCUGAAGCUGUCUGCAGUACGGAACCUCCCUGCAGGAGCAGAAGUGGUCACAGUACUCGCUGAAGACAGCUAUGGCAACAUUACUCGACGUAAAGUACGAUUAGAUGAUUUCCAGAAGUAGCUGCGUCCAAUGUAUGGAUGGCAAACGGCUUGGUGGCCACGCCCACAGGGUAAUGGAAUUAUGUGGUUUGUAAUUAGGUUUGUUUAUAUAUAAAUAUUGUAUGUAUUAAAUCAUAUUGCAACUGACUUCAUUAUCUAGUCACCUUUAAUAGAAGUAAAUGAGAAAGUAUGUUUUAGUUAAUGAUUAGUCCUGUAGCAAGUCAUAAUAUUAACUUCCAUUCAUUACUCUUGUUGGUCCGGUAUGUAAGUGAUUGAUGGAAAAACUAGUAUACCAAAGGCAGACAUAUACCAGUAAGUAAGGUUGUAAUAGUGACCUCCUCUUUUCUCUUCUGAUCACGGGGUUGAACCCCAGUUACCUCGGUAAAACGUGGUUAUGCUCCACUAUUCUAAGUGACCACCCUAUUUAUCUAAAAUUAAUUAAUGAAAAUCUACUUAAAAUUGAAUCAUUUUUCUUGGUCAAGAUAUCUGAUACAACACCAUUCCAAUGUAUUACGAUAUUGUAUAUAUUAAAUAUAGUGUCUGGGGUCCAAACUCAAACAUGUGUUGUCAGGUUCCUUAUUGUCAUUCUGAAGUUUUGUCAUCAACCAUUUUAAUUUAUUUUAGAAGACUCUACGGCGAAACAGUUCGAAACGUAGAAAAACAUAUUUACUUAAACCACCUAUAGAAAUGAUCAUAGUAUUUUUCAAUGAUUUCUCACUUGUUUGUUAGUGACGAAUUGUUAACAAUUGAUAAUCAUUGUUAAAAAACAAAAGUUCGAGGACAUUGUCAAGGGCUAUCAGGUUCAUAUGUUAGAAUUUUUUAAUAAUGACAAAGGUCAAUAGUUCAUGGCCAGUGUCAAUGGUCAAUAGUUCUAGCAAGAUCAGAUGCACCUGCCCGGUGACAAAAGUGAUAGAGGUUUCAAGUUUAAAUCAAUUUCAAAGGUCAUAAGUUCAUGACCUUUGACAUGAGUAAGAAGAUUCUGAACAUUGAUAAACAUCAAAAAGUUUGUAGGCAACAUCAAAGGGUAGUACCAGCUGACCAAUGACAAAGGUGACAGAUUUAGAGGUUACAAGGUCAAGACCAAUGUCAAAGGUCAUAAGUUCAUGGCCAGUAUCAAAGGUCACCAGAUAAUGAGCUCAGUUGCAAUGUUUGAUAUCGGUGUAAACAGAACAUUUUGGGUAACAAACAUAUUAAUGGUGUUUUACAGAAUAUGAUAGUUUUUAUUCUAUUAAUGAACAUUUAGAAAUGAUUUAUUUUUAAUAAAUGAAAGUGUUGUUUUUUCAUUAUGUCAGAAAUUUUGUAACUGUAUAAAAGUAUAUUUUAAUUUUUGUGACUAUUUUUGGUACUGUCCAGAUUGAAAUAAACAUCUAUGCCUUAGGAUUUCCUAUUCUCUAUCCUUAUCCACCUAUAAGAUUCUGUCCUCAAGUUGAAAUUUUUUACGAUAAAAAUCAGGAACAAAUUGCAAAUUUCAAAUGCUAAUUUGAAACUGCCUUUAAUUGACUUAAUUCCAUCAUAAAAUGUUGUCUCUCUAUAUUGUGUCAUAGUUUUCCAUCUGCAUUUCAGCAUCAAAUCUUUUGCUACAUACAUUCAACGCCUGAAUAUUUAUGCAAAAAAAAAAGCAAAAAAAAAAAAUAA